AUGGACAACAAUUUGCGCGAAGAAAUUAUGAGACGCAAAAAAUGCGCGUGGACGGCAAUGGGACGCAUAAGAGAGGCGGCCCAGCUCAUUUCGGAUAGGAAAAUACGAGCUGCUCUGUUCGACUCUACAGUACUGCCUGCACUUUGUUACGCAUCCGAGACGUGGGCAGAGAACAAGGCGUCCACGCUGAUGUUGACACGUGCCCAACGAGCAUUGGAACGGACCCUGCUGAAUAUCAACCGCCGUGAGCAGAGAUGUCGCAAUCUGCGCAGUACAGACAUGCGCUCAAUGUCGGGCAUCCUUGAUGCCGUAGUAUACGCGUGGAAUGCAAAGAAGAGAUGGGCCGGACAUGUGACCAACACUGGGUCCAAACCGCUCAAGAUCGCAAACAAUGGAGGGAAGCGUGUGCUCGUCGCUGAAGAGAACCGGCUGAAGAACGAGCGUCCAAGUAUCCAAGCUACACGACGAAUUCUUCGGCACGAUGGACGAAGAUGGAGGCAAAAAGCAGAAACGGAGAAGACGCAACAUCAAGAUUGA